AUGAGACACAAUAUCAGAGCAGGACUUGGAGCGUUAACACAUUUCAUCGGCUCAGCUUUAGGACGUGCAAUCGAUUAUGACAGGAUACUUAUAUGGGAUAUCAAAGAUAAAGGUGGAGCAGCAGGUUGGCAUUAUUUUGAUGUCGGAUGUGCCGGCAAAGGUCAUUACGACACCCUCGAUUGCUUGUAUGAGCCACUAACAAGCUGUGGUUAUGGACAUUCUAACGAGAAAAAUACUCUGUACACUAUUGGAUGGGAAGAUGGAAGCGACAAAACCGAACCAUGGCACCGAUUUAGAGCACCAUCUCUGUUUACACACGCCCUUAUCCAGCAUACGUCGGCACCGUUGACCUCGACGGCAGUCAAAUAUUGGUGGAGAGGUCAAGCAACUGGAUUUAUACUUCGGCUGCACAACGCGUCGUUAGCAAAGAUCCGCGCGUUGCGGCUCGAUCCAUUCAUGCAUGUCGGAUUCACUGUCAACAAAACGAGCAAUACCUUCCAAAGCCUACCGGUCCCAUUUCCGUUACCACCACACUCUUUCAGUAUGCACAUCCGGCAUGGCGACAAGGCGUCAGAAAUGCGUCUGAUUCCUUUGAAAGAAUAUGUUGAAGAGGCGGAGUGGUUCGCAAAGCAAAAUCCUAAUUCAUAUCACAAAUCAGCUUUUCUUUCAUCGGAAGAUCCGGCUGUUUUCGAAGAAGCAAAAAGUAUUACAUAUGUUACCUUCGAUUACGGUCUGACUUCUCCAAAUGAAAACUGGAUUUGGUAUAUGAGCAAAAUUAAGCGCGAAAAUAUCGGACCGAUGCAACAAUUGGAUGUGUUUGGUAAUCGAAGUGAUAUGACUCUCUCCUGGAUGCUUCAGCUUUUCAUGGCUCUCGAAUGUGACGGCUAUGUGGGAACACUGAAUUCGAACUGGAACAGGCUCAUCGACGAGCUACGAUGUAUAUGGAUGGAUAACUGCAUGCAUCCGUAUUUAGAAGUUGGUGAUGUCGUAGACUGGUCCAACUAUCACUGGUGA